AUGGCGGCUUCUGCGCCGACGCCGCACGGAACUGGCUUUCCAGCAGAGGGGCGAUGUGGCUACUAUGUGGAAAAGAAGAAGCGCUUCUGCAGGAUGGUGGUGGCAGCAGGAAAAAGGUUCUGUGGUGAACACGCUGGAGCCGCGGAGGAAGAAAAUGCUCGGAAAAGAAUCCUGUGUCCUUUAGAUCCAAAACACACAGUAUAUGAAGAUCAACUAGCAAAACAUUUGAAAAAAUGUAACUCAAGAGAGAAGCCAAAACCUGACUUCUUUAUUCAAGAUAUUAAUGCAGGCUUAAAAGAUGAAACAGAAAUACCUGAACAAUUAGUUCCAAUUUCUUUUCUCUCUGAAGAGCAGAUGGAAAACUUAAUUAAGAAACUGAGAAAAGCAAGUGAGGGUUUGAACUCUACACUUAAAGAUCAAAUUAUGUCCCAUCCAGCGUUGCAUGAUGCCCUUAAUGACCCUAAAAACGGUGAUUCUGCAACCAAACAUCUGAAACAGCAGGCUUCUAUUUUAGGUAACAUUGAAAAAUUAAAGUUACUUGGUCCAAGAAGAUGCUUUGUUGAGUUUGGAGCAGGAAAGGGAAAAUUAUCUCAUUGGGUUGAUAUUGCCUUAAAAGAUGCUGAAAAAGUUCACUUCAUCCUAGUAGAAAAGGUGACCACAAGAUUCAAGGUAGAUGGCAAACACAGAAAGAAAAAUUCAGUGUUUGAGAGACUUCAAAUUGAUAUUCAGCACCUGUGUUUGAACAAGAUUCCUUUGCUAAGCAAAGAAAAACUACCUGUGGUAGGAAUUGGAAAACAUCUGUGUGGUGUGGCAACAGAUCUUGCAUUACGAUGUUUGGUUGAAACCUAUGCUGCCAGUUGUGAGGAAAGGAAUGAAGAACCUUUAGCCAAACGCGUAAAGAAUGAUAAAACAGAAAAAGAAAUUAACACUUUGGCCAAGGAAGGAAAUGAAAAAAAUAUCCCAGAGAAGUGGACCCCUGUGGCUGGCAUUGUUAUUGCACUCUGUUGUCACCACAGGUGUGAUUGGAGACAUUAUGUGGGCAAAGAAUAUUUCAGGGCUCUAGGCCUUGGAGCAGUGGAAUUCCACUAUUUCCAGCGAAUGAGUAGUUGGGCGACUUGUGGGAUGCAAAAAACAUCUUUGGAAGCUUCAAAUAUCUCCACAAAAAGAAAAGAUAAACAGAAUGAUGGCAGUGAAGAGCAUGAUGAUGGAGGAUACAGAAUCACAGAUGACAGCACUGAGAGUUUGCCUGGGUUUCUUAAUGUUGAAGAAAAGAAGAAAAUAGGGCAUCUUUGUAAAUUGCUGAUUGACCAAGGCCGAAUCAACUAUUUACAGCAGAAAGGAUUCAAUCCCGCUUUACAGUACUAUACAGACCCUCUGGUGUCUUUGGAAAAUGUAUUGUUAACUGCUUUACCAAAUCAUUCUUCAUCACCAGAAACAACUGCUUAAUGGAAAAGAAAUUUUGAACAACAUCUGUCUUCCACCAAAAAAAAUUUUUUAAUUGUAUUUUUAUAUUCAUGAAAAUAUAAUUUAAAUAGCAGAUAAUAUGAACUUUAAAAAAUGUGGCCUCGUUGAACUUUGGUAAUGGCUUUGUUUUUUACUUUAGAAGUAAGUCCAAACAUUAGAGAAUUCACCAAAUUCCCAAAGUAAUCCUCUUCAGCAGGGCAUCUUGAAUUAUAUUAUCCAUCAGCAUUUAUAGAGUUUGGUAAAGUAGUAGAGCAGUUGACUUGGUUACCUGAAACACACAUAACAUGUCAACAUGUAACUAGCACAUUAACUUUCUAUUUGCAUUAAUUUUGGAAAUUUACUUUCCUUUGGUUUUAUUUAAUACUUUUUAUUUUUCAAGUUCAAGAUGUAAUAAUCAAUUGUCAGUUUAUAACAAGGACCAAUCUGAGAAGUUGGUUUAUGUAUGGAUUUUUUGUCCAGGCAGAUCUAGGAAGAAUAAUUAAUUGUGAUUAUUUGUUUCUACUGCAAACAAAUUCAGAGAUGUUCACAGUCAAUUAAUGAAUUCACCUUCAGAUUUCAAGAGCCAUACCUGUGUUUAAAUAUUAUCAGAAUUUGUCCAUGACAGACACCAAAACUAAAAAGAUAUAUAUAUAUAUAUAUAUUUUUUUUUUUUUUUUUUUUUUUUUGCGGUACGCAGGCCUCUCACUGUUGUGGGCUCUCCUGCUGCGGAGCACAGGCUCCAGACGCACAGGCUCAGUGGCCAUGGCUCAGGGGCCCAGCCGCUCCACGGCAUGUGGGAUCUUCCUGGACCGGGGCAUGAACCCGUGUCCCCUGCAUCAGCAGGCAGACUCAACCACUGUGCCACCAGGGAAGCCCCUAAAAAGAUAUUUUCAAGGAAAAAAACUAUUUCACUUCGUUUUUUAAAUUAAUUAUCUAGUGAGAACUUCUAAAAAGAUACUUGUAAGCCUAAUUCACAAAUUAAAUUGAAAUUUGCAAAUAACUUCUGAAGUUAAUUAGGUGUCAUAUCUUUUAAAAGGUCAUUUUUACAUAUACAAGAACAAAUAUAUUCUCUCCUGUUUGGGAAAAUAAUUUGGAAUAAAGUAGAAAUUAGAUAGUGAUACCAAAAACCUCACUUUCGGGCUUCAUUUAGCUCAUAAGCAGUUUCUAUGCACAAGAAAACAUUAAACCAAACAUAUGGUAAGACUGUUAGUCUUUCCUCAUCUUAUCCUUGGUUUAUUUCUGCCUUAUUUGUAAAACUUAUCUUAAUCAUUGUACAUUUGCCAAGACAAAGAUACAGAAUUACUGAUUGUAGAUAUUUAUAAUGAUAUUCUUAGGUAACUAUUAUUUGUAGGUCUAUGAUUACCUUAAUUAUAAAUUAGAAGUCUAGCUCAUUUUUAGUUUCUGACCUUUCUACUUUAAUCUUACAUGUCUUAUGAGACUGCCUAGGUUCAAAUCCCAACCCUACUACUUGAUCUCUUUGUGCCUCAAUUCCCCGCUUAAAAUGGGCGUGAUGAAGAUAAUAAUAAUACCUCACAAGGUUGUUAUGAGCAUUAAAUGAAAUAACACAUUAAAAUGCUUAGAACAGUUCUAAGUACAGAGUAAGUACUCAAUAAAUAUUAACCAUUUUUAAUAGUAGUAAUUCAUAACAAUAUUUUUAAUGAAAUAGGCAGACUUGGUUUUAUUAUCUCUGUUUAAGUUGUAACCUUUUUUCUCUUGUUAUAAGUUCUAUGUCAAAUAUUAUUAAAAUAAGGUAGUUUGUUUAAAUUAGCUACUCAUGCCCCCAACUCAAGAGAACAUAAAUGAAGAUAAUAAUACGUCGUUCAAUAAUUAACCUGAUUUUACUCAGUUAGGCAAUGCUAAUUUGUGUUAUACAGUCUGUUUUGCUUCAUUCAACAAUUUAUGCCCAGAAAUAAAAGCUAUGCUACAACAGG